ACUGCGCAAGAUGUGUGUGGCGCGGCGCCGUGCUGCCCUGGCGACGCUGCUCCUGGCCGUGCUGGCGUCUACCUGCUCCGCCGAAGCCGGCUACAGCACGGUGUACGCCUGCGAGGGCUCGACGCUGAAGCUGGAGUGUGGCGACGACGAGCUCAUCAACCUGAUCCGAGCCAACUUCGGCCGCUUCUCCAUCACCAUCUGCAACGAGAAGGGCAACACCGACUGGAGCGUCAACUGCAUGUCGCCGCGCUCCCUGCGCGUGCUGGAGCAGAGCUGUGACAAGCGGCGCGCCUGUACCGUCACGGCCAACGUCGCCACCUUCGGUGACGCCUGCCCGGCCACCUUCAAAUACCUGGAGGCCCAGUUUCAGUGCCGCAAGAGAGCCGCCUCCACGACGACGACGAAGCGGCCGCACCCGCCGUGGUACUCGUCUUAUCCGGACCCGAACCUGUGGCUGACGAGCGGCACGACCACCUCCCGCCGGCCGCCGGCCACCACGACCACGCGCCGGCCGCGGCUGCCCGGCCUGCCGCCGGCCGCCUCCAACGACGGCGUGCAGGUGAUCAUCCCGGGCGUGACGGGCCGCCGCCAGCAGGGCGGCAGGGUGGAGAAGGUCGACCCGCACUACUGCCCGGCGCGGACCUCUCGCGGCCUGCGCUGGAACUACACGCGCGCCGGCGACGUGGCCGUGCUCGCCUGCCCAGGUGGCGCCACCGGCUACGCGCGCUGGCCGUGUCAGCACGGCGCGGCGGCGGCGACGGCGGCGGCCGGCAGCCCGCCGGCGCGCGCCGCCUGGGCCGCGCGGCCCGACCUCAGCGAGUGCAAGUCGAUCCUGAUGGCGGCGCUGGAGGAGCGCUUGCUGAGCGGCGAGCACACGCUGCGCGUGGCCGCCGAGCUGGCGCAGGUCACCGACCGCUCCGACGGCCUGUUCGGCGGCGACGUGCGCACGGCGGCGCGCCUGGUGAACCACUUGGCGUCGCGACAGGCGCAGCAGCUGAUCGCCGUGCCGGCCGUGGAGCGGCGCGAGGCGAUCGUCACCGAGCUCACCGAGGACGUGGUGCGCGCCGCCAGCAACGUGCUGGACGCCGGCCAGCUGGCGGCCUGGCGGGACCUGGGGCCGGAGGAGCGGCGCCGCGCCGCCACCUCGCUGCUCAUCGGGCUUGAGCAGAAUGCCUUUCUGCUCAGCGACAACGUACUGCCCGACCGCACCAUCCUCGAGAUCGACCGGAACCUGCUAAUGACCGUGCACAACAAGAAAGUGGAGAGCAUGACCGACCUGCACUUCCCGUCUGACGUGGCGCUGGACCAGUGGGACAUCGCCGGCAACUCGAUGCACCUGAGCAAGGCGUCGCUGCUGGAGAACAGCCGGCGCGGCACCGUGAAGGUGGUGUUCCUGGCCUACAGCGGGCUGGAGUCGGUGCUGGAGCCGCUCAGCUGGUCAGAGCGGCGGCACGAGGCGGCGCUCUACCCGGCGGCCAACCGCACUCGCAUCGUCAACAGCCUGGUGCUGUCGGCGUCGCUGGGCGAGGGCCGCCAUAUCCAGCUGUCGCAGCCGGUGCACAUGACCUUCCGCCACCUGACCACCGAGAACGUCACCAACCCGAGCUGCUCCUUCUGGGACUACACGGUCAACAUGUGGUCGGAGGAGGGCUGUCGCGUCACCUUCACCAACCGCACGCACACCAUGUGUGAGUGCGACCACCUGACCAGCUUCGCCGUACUCAUGGACGUGUUCGCGGCGCCGCUGACGCAGGACGACCAGGCGCUGCGGAUCGUGGUGUACGUCGGCUGCGCCGUGGCCCUGCUCUGCCUCUGCGCCACGCUGCUGGCACUCAUCCUGCUGCGGGGUCUGCAGUCGGACCGCACCUCCAUCCACAAGAACCUGAUCGUGUGCCUGCUGAUGGUGGAGCUGAGCUUCCUGGUGGGCCUGCACCAGACCGGCAGCCCGGUGGUCUGCGGCGUGCUGGCCGGCCUCAUGCACUUCUUCUUGAUGGCCGCCUUCUUCUGGCUCUUCUUCGAGGCGUUCCAGCUGUACGUGACGCUGACGGUGUUUGAGGGCGAGCGGUCGCGGCUCAAGUGGUACUACGUGGCCGCCUACGGCAUCCCGCUGCUGAUCGUGGCCGUCUCCUGCGUGGUCGACCCCAUCAGCUACGGCACGGAGUCGCACUGCUGGCUGCGCACGGACAACUACUUCGUCUUCAGCUUCGCCGGCCCGGCCAUCAUCCUGAUCCUGCUGACCGCCAUCUUCCUGGGGCUGGCCGUGUUCGUGAUGCUGCAGCACAGCAGCGCCGCCAUCACCAUCAAGACCAAGGAGCAGUCGCGGCUCUCCUACAUCCGCGCCUGGCUGCGCGCCGCGCUUCUGCUGCUGCUGCUGCUCGUGCUCACCUGGACGUUCGGCCUGGUGUUCCUGGACCAGCGCACCGUUGUCAUGGCCUACCUCUUCACCGUGGCCAACGCGCUGCUCGGACUCUUCAUCUUCGCCUUGCACUGUGUCCAGAACGAGAAGGUAAGGAAGGAGCUGGACAGCCACGGCCUGCUACCCGUCUGCCUGAAGAGUUCCAAGACGCUGGGCCGCGACCACGCCGAGGCGCUCUCCACCAGCAACGGCACCAUCAACACCGUGCUCAACCUGGCCACGCAGAACAAUAUCCCGCGCCUGUGGUCGCCGCACGCGCCGACCAACCCCAAGUCGGCCACGCUGAACUCGCUGAACCCGGCGCACACGCCGGCCGGCAGCCUGCGGCGCGGCACCAUGCGCAGCUCUAUGCCGGCCAAGCUGCGCACAAGUCUCGGCGGCGAGGUGCUGGCCGCCGAGAAGAGCGGCGCCUACAACAUGCAGAGUCACGACUCAGGCCACGGCACCGGCUCCGAGAACGAGUCGCCGCAUCUGACGCUCAACAACGUGCGCUACCUGGCGUCGGCACCGAGCCUGGAGCGGCCGGCCGCCGUGCUGGUGCCCGUGCAGCCGGGCGAGCUGGGGCCGCGCGUCAACCCCGAGUUCUUCGCCGUGUACCAGCAGCAGGUGCGGCGCGGCGGGCGCGGGGGCCGCUCCCACUCGCCCUACCACACCUACAUGGAGGUGGACGGCGACCCGGUGUACGAGGAGAUCGAGCGCCACGAGCCGCGCCACGAGCUGCUCGUCUCGGACGUCAGCGACGAGGACCGCAAGCAGUCGGACAUGAGCCGACAGAGCUCGCGCAACUACAGUGAUAACCGGCCGCUGAUUCCGUACGGCGCCGAGCGGGCGGUGCGCGCCGGCGGCGGCCAGGCGCGCGCGCUCGCCGCUAGUCAGGCGGCGCCGCACUGCCAGGCGCUGAGUGAGGCCCGCCUGCGGGACUUUGACCAGGCGCAGAUGUACCACGACCUGCGCCGGCUGCGCGGCUACGGCGAGAACGUGGCGAUGGCCGUGCUCAGCGGCGACCAGGUGGUGUGCACGCUGCAGCCGCCCCACCUGGCGGCCAUCAGAGAGGGCGCCACCCUGCCCGUGGACCGGGCGCGCCCCAGUCAUUCCAGGCUUGCAGAGUGCUAGGCGCCGCGCCGCGCGUCUAUACAUAUAUAAUGUGAUUGCUAGCUGCGUGUAGUCCGGCUCGCCGUUUUUAUUGGUGAUUAUUAUGGAGAGAUGUAUCUGUUGCUCGUUCUUUCAUCCCUCACCGUGUACAUUGUCAUUGUCAUACAUUGGCAUUUAUUCGUGAGUCAUUUGUAUUGAUAGGGAUAAUAAAUACACAGCA